CCGAGGACUCUGGGAGCUCACACUCGCUCCUAAGUGACAGAGGAGCACCCCCAGUGACCGCAGUAACAGUACCAGGAGUUGCAGACAACGUUAGCGUCUCUGAGUUGAACGCCACAAGAACUAACAGCAGCAGCAGCAGCAGCAGCAGUGGAGAAUCACCUUAAUUAAACGAAGAGGAGUUAGCAACAACCCGCCAGUAAAAGGCAUCUGAAAUUAGUUGAUCGACGGGCGACCUUCCGCGUCUUUGCCACCCCCACACGCCGCUCCGCGCCGCUGUCAGCCACAAUGGGCGCCGUCUCCGCAGUGCUCUGGUGGACGGUCCUCGUCGUGGCGGCAAGAUCAGCUGCUGGGAGGCACACAUUCCUAGACACCUCCAGCAAACUUGCUGAACACGACAUCCUCGGCGCCCCCAUCACAGAGGAGGAAUUCAAGGCCAGCCUGACACUAGAAAUUAUAGAGCCUGCCGAGGAUCCCACCACGAAGUCUGGCCACUUUCAGGGGGACAUCAUAUUAGAGUCCGAAGACCAGCUGAUACAGAUCUUUGAAGAUCACCCGGAUGCACAGAACAGCGCCACCAGCAACGAAAACAAUCUGUGGCCCGGAGGCGUGAUUCCCUACGUCAUAUCUAGCUCCUACAAUUACAGAGAGAGGCAGGUCAUCGCGCGAGCCAUGGAGGAGCUUUCUUCCGAGACCUGCCUCACCUUUGUGCCGAGAACCUUCCAUUACGACUACAUACACAUCUACAAAGGAUACGAUUGCUCCAGCGCAGUCGGGAGGAACGGAGGUAGGCAACGGUUGAGCCUCGGAGAUGAUUGUAUGUACGUCGGUAUUGUGAUCCACGAGCUCCUGCACGCCGUUGGGUUCUGGCACGAGCAUACCCGUUACGACCGUGACGACUACGUCUACAUUAUUGAGGAGAACAUUAUGGACAACAAAAAACAUAACUUCUAUAAGCAAUCCAAAAGAAGCAGCACUGACCUCGACCUCCCCUACGACUACGCCUCCAUCAUGCACUACAAAUCCACAGAGUUCGCCAUCGGAGACGGGCCGACCAUUGUGCCCUAUUCGCCCUAUUUCAACGCCUUUUUAGACGUUGAGAUUGGGCAACGCAGGGGGCUGUCUGACUUGGAUGUGGAGGGAGUGAAGCAGCUGUACAAGUGCCCAGUACGUAUAGUAUACCAGCCUCCCCGCCAAACAGGCUGGUUCUGGUGGUAACUCCGCGGAGGCGCCGAUUUUCGCAACAGGAUUGUAGGAAACUUGUUUUUCAUAUUUUCAUAUUACUCAUAUGAGUACUAUCACUUUUGUUACUAUGAUUAUCACUAUCCUAUCACUUGUACUAUUUCAAAUUUAUUGUUGCGGGAGACCACGUCACGUGUCGCAGGCUAGGUUAGCGAACAAUGUUAAUAAAACUGUGUCCGUGCUAGACCUCCUUCUUGAAUGGCUCGGAAAAUAGGUGGCAUACGGAACAGCGUGUGUGUAUUUGACACGUAGUAUAUUAAUGAGUUUUUUUUUAUAAAUGUGCUUAAAAAUGUCAAUAAACAUACCAAU